UUCAUCGUUCUGUUUCUAGAGCACCAGCACAACCCUAGAACGUGGCCUUGUGGGUGGACGGUUGAAAUGGGAUUUAGCAGGAAAGAAUUUCGUACACACCUCCAGCAAGCCCGGUACCAAAUUACACUUCGUCACCACUACAUGUCCCAGUGCCUCAAGCGAUCAGGAUGGAGGAAGACACCAUCAGACUGCCAGCACACCUGCGUUUGCAGCCGGUUUACUGGAGCAGGGAAGAUGUGGCCCAGUGGCUCCGGUGGGCAGAGAAGGAGUUUUCCUUGAGGCCCAUUGAGAGCAACACCUUUGAGAUGAACGGCAAAGCUCUGCUGCUCCUGACCAAAGAGGACUUUCGAUACAGGUCCCCUCAUUCAGGUGAUGUUUUGUAUGAACUCCUUCAGCAUAUCCUGAAGCAAAGGAAAGCUCGUAUGCUCUUCACACCUUUCUUCCACCCUGGGAACUCUAUACAUGCUCAGCCAGAGGUCAUAUUGCACCAGAAUCAUGAUGAAGAUAGCUUUGUGCAGAGACCUUCAAGGCCAUCCACAGAAGCAAUCCACCACAACCCCCCAACCAUUGAACUGUUGCAUCGCUCACGGUCACCCAUCACCAACAACCACCGUCCGUCGCCAGACCCUGACCAGCGGCCACUGAAGUCCCCCAUGGACAGCACCCUCCGCCACCUGUCCCCAGCCGACAGGGUGCCAGGGACAAGGCACCAGCAUGAGAACAACCAGCAGGAGUCCUAUCCUCUCUCAGUGUCCCCAAUAGAAAACAACCACUGCCCGCCUCCUUCCGAGGUGCUCCAGAAGCCCUCCAGCCCUCGGCAGGAGAACACCAGGGUCAUUCAGCUGAUGCCCAGCCCUAUCAUGCAUCCUUUGAUACUGAACCCCAGGCACUCCGAUUUCAAACCACCGCGGUUGUCUGAGGAUGGGCUGCACAGGGAGGUCAAGCCCAUCAACCUGUCCCACCGAGAAGAGUUAGCUUAUAUGAACCACAUCAUGGUGUCUGUCUCCCCCCCUGAGGAUCAUGCAAUGCCAAUCGGCAGGAUAGCAGACUGUAGGUUGCUUUGGGAUUAUGUUUAUCAGCUGCUUUCUGACAGCCGGUACGAAAAUUUCAUUCGAUGGGAAGAUAAGGAAUCCAAAAUAUUUCGGAUAGUGGAUCCCAACGGGCUGGCCCGUCUGUGGGGAAACCACAAGAACAGAACAAAUAUGACUUAUGAGAAAAUGUCCAGAGCCCUACGCCACUACUACAAACUAAAUAUCAUCCGUAAGGAGCCAGGACAAAGGCUUUUGUUCAGGUUCAUGAAGACCCCAGAUGAGAUCAUGAGUGGCCGGACAGACCGCCUCGAGCACCUUGAAUCCCAGGAACUGGAUGAACAAAUAUACCAAGAAGAUGAGUGCUGAAGGAAACAGGUGCACCCCCUCUGUGGGUCCAGGGGAGAAACAUCUGAUGGUCGGCAUGGUUUGAGAGGGGAAGCAGCAAGACAGGAGCAGUACUUGAGGUCGCCACUUAGCUUGAAGACCACGCAGGACCUGAAGCACCUUAACAAAACAAACAGGCAGAAGUGGUGCUGGCAGGAAAGCAAAGGGGAAAAAGCCUGGACUUAUGCACUACUUCACUGUUCCUACAAAGUCUCCCUUGAGUUUUUCUUUCUUUUUGGUUUGUUUCAGUUUUGGGGGUUUUUGUCAUUUUUUUUCCCUAAUAAACAUGCAGUUUGACUUUCCUUAUCUCACAUAGGACAAGA